AUGGGUAAUCAAGUAAAUGAUGAUACAAUACACAGGAUCAGAAUUCAAGAUGAAUUUUUGGAGUUUAUACGUGGAUUGGAAUUUCGGGCCUUCGAAUUUCUCUUUGAAAAUCACGAAAUUAGGAAGAAAACUUUCCACCCAAAGCCUUUGAAGAUGCGAACUGAACUUCUAGAUUUCUCUCGGCCUCAUUUCCCACGCCCAAUUCAUGUUCAUUCGCCACCAAAUCCAAAUGACCAGCUCAGCCCCAUCAAGCCCAAGGGCCGGCCACCUGUAAUCUAA